AUGCAUUCAUUCUUUUCUACACUCACUGGUCUUGCUUCCUUGCUCUCGUUACUCGGAAAUGUACAGGCUUUAUCCAACUCAACGAACGGCCCCUCGUGCGGAGUCGCCAAAGCAGACGACAGCUCCUACUUCAGUGUUGUUGGAGUCCAGGGAACUGGAGUAUACCCGCGACAGGAGCUCCGUGAGCUUGAGAAAGACACGGAACUAUGGAACAUCUUUAUCCAGGCGUUUGCUCGCUUCCAGGCUAUGGACCAGAGUCAAAAGACCUCUUUCUACCAGGUUGCAGGGAUACACGGAGUGCCCUUCAAACAAUGGGACGGCGUAAAUGGAACAGCUGGUCAAGAGAUGAUGGGCUACUGCCCCCAUACGUCUAGCAUGUUUGGUCCCUGGCACCGACCGUAUCUUGCGCUGUUCGAGCAGGUUCUCCAUGAUCGCGCUGUAGACGUUGCCAAUGAGUAUCCUAUUGGCGAGGCCCGUAACAAGGCCUUGGACAUCGCCAAACGCUACGAUGACUUUGCUCCUUUGAGCGAAUUCGAGUUCAAGUACUGGAACCACACUAUUCGGUACCCACUUGAUCCGCAUGCUGCCAAUGCUACUAGCCGUAACAGCGAUGUCAACGCGCGAGUCGGCAAACAGCAACCCAACCUUCGCGAUAUGCUUUACAAGUUGUUGACGACCUACCAGCCGUUCAGUCAAGUAAGCAACAAGGCGAAUGGCGGCAAGAUCGGGAAUUUCGAGACACUUCACGAUGGUCUGCACAACGUGUUCGGAUUGGGUCAUAUGGGUAUUGUAGAGGUUUCGGCGUUUGACCCUAUUUUCUGGUUCCAUCAUUGUAACAUUGAUCGAAUCAUGACCAUAUAUCAAACCCGUUAUCCUGAUACUUGGAUGGAAGACGCUGUACAGCAUUCAGGCACGUUCGCCGUCGCUCGGGGUAGCGUUAUCGGAACUGCUUCGCCACUAGCACCGUUCCAUAUGAAUGCUCUCGGCGAUAUGUGGACUGCCACCACUUCGCGCAACUGGACUUCCUUUGGAUACACCUACCCUGAGGUUGCCAACAACCCUAGCAACGCAACACUGACAUCUUCCAUCAACAACUUGUACAAGGCUCAUACUCAGGGCUUGAGCGACACCAACUCGACAGUUCCAGCUCCAGGCGGUGGCACGAACAACCGUACGACACAGGCCAUUGACUGGCAAUGUGAAGUCAACAUGCCAACCGAUAUCAAGAUAUCCUACUCCGUUCGCGCCUUCCUUGGUGAACCCAGCUCCAACCCGAUUGACUGGCCUACGGAUCCCAACUACGUUGGUCAGCUUGCAUCCAUGUCUUCUCCACGAAUGAGUUCCUCGGUCAUCGUCACAGGUAACAUCGGCCUGACUGAGAAGCUUGCGCAAAAGCAUGCCUCCGGCGAGCUCAAGAGCCUGGACAAGGAAACCGUGCAAGCCUACCUGAAGGAGAAGUUCAGCUGGCGCAUUCAGGCUCUGGACUUCAGCGAGAUCCCACGUAACAAGCCACCGGCCGGCUUGAACGUCACCGUCUUCAACGUGCCAGUCAGCAUCCCAGAGUCCGACACCGAAGUGCCUACCUGGAACGGCGAUGUCGAAUACAACGACGACAUCGAAGGCAACCCGCCCGUAUAUGAUGGACCUGGUCCUGACGGCACGAACUCGACUCUCCCUGCUGACGAGGCGAGUGGAUCGUACAAUGUUGGCACCGGCGAAUUUGAGUGGAAGAAAGCACCGGAUGUUGCGCCAGUGCCGGCGGAUCCCAAGACUGAAACUAGGCUCUUGGAGUCUGUCAUCACGCAGUAUGUGACACUUGGUGCUUCUCCUACCCAGACGUCCACGCCGAUGUCGACGGCUAUUCAGGUUUCUAGCAAGAUGAUCGUGUCAGAGGCGCCUGUAUCUACUGCGCCCACUGUCUCGGAGCAAGCGCCUGAACCAACUGCGCCCGCUGACCCGAGGACUACGGUUGUGACUUCUGUGAUCAUGGAGUAUGUCACUGUAUAG